ACAUGAUGAACGUUUUUUUUUUAGAUAGGUUACAUGAAGAACUUUAAAAAAUGAAAGAGUAAAAAUGACAUUUCAAAGGUCAAAAUGGCAUUUCCAUAUUGAGAAGUUAGUUUCCGGUGUACUCGGCCACGGUUUCCACACUGUCAUCAGACUCAUCACCACCUCCAAAUAUAUACAAAGAAACAUUGUGUAUGUCCAAAUAUACACAAGACAAUUGUGUAUGUCCUCAAUUGUCUCCCAAUUGUAGAAGUAGCAUAGAAUAGGAAAAACCUUAGAAAAAUCCUCUCUCACCAACAUCAUCAUCAUCAUUCUCUCAUUGAUGGUUCUUUUUGUUUUUGUUUCUGUUUCAAUUCAAGCACUCUUUUGCUAGGUUACAAGUAGAGAGAAUGGAUUGGUCUCCAGUCUUCGCCAAAAAUGCAUAUCUUGAUACCCUUAAACUGUGCAGUAAACAUGAAGAACAAUGCGAUUCAUGUUCGACAUCAGAGCCAGAGAGCAAGGAAUUCAUAUCAGCCUUAGCCGCAGGCAUGAAUGCAAAGUUCAUUGUUGAGGUCACACCAACAGCAUCCCCAUCAACAAUAGCCUUAGCAGCGGCAGCACGACAAACAGGUGGCAAACUUGUCUGUAUACUUCCUGAGCCAAGGCUAGGUGAGUCCCAAAAAGUCAUCGACGACUCAGGCCUAAAUGACAUGGUAGAGUUCAAGACUGGUGACCCUGCCGAGCUCUUGUCAAGCUAUGAGAACAUAGAUUUCUCCCUAGUCGACUGCAAGACCGACAACUACACGAAUUUGCUAGAGAUGUUGGAUGUGAAUCCGACAAGAUCGAUGGUGGUGGCUGACAACUUGGUGGAAGGGAGGACAGGGCUGGGAGGGCAUGUGAAAGGGAUGGAAAAUAAAGGGAAAGUUAGGUCAACUAAACAUCCUAUAGGAAAAGGAAUGGAGGUGACUAUGAUUGGGAAACUUGGUGAUGAGUUUGGAAAGAAAAGUCAUAGCAAAGGAUGCCAUUCUAGAGGGAGAGGUGGUGGUGGUGGUGGUGGUUCAGGGAAGAGAAGUGGUAAAAGCGAAUGGGUUAUCAAGGUUGAUGAGAACAGUGGUGAGGAACAUUUUUUUAGAAUGCCUAAGUCUCUUUAGGGGCUUAAGAGGAAAGUGUUAUAUUCAUACAAAAUUUGUUAUCAGAAUGAUGAGGCGAUGAUAUUUUUGUAAUUAAAUGUCAUCUAAAUGGGCACCUUAGCUUAAAA